UGUAAUAAAAAUGUAAUGUUUAUAUUUUCAGAAAAAAGAUAAUUAUUAUAAGAUUUUUAUCAAAAGAGAACUACAAUGUCUCUUUUUCGCGAGAACUUAUUUAUUUACAACGUUGAUGUUUUUUUAAGUCUUUUGAGAUUGAAACGUGAUUAAAAUUCAAAUAGUAAUUAAUGUCAUAAAUAAAUAUUUACAUGACUGAUAAAAAACGUAAAGAGGUACUCUCAAUUUCAUUGGUCAAAUUAGCGUUUUCAUUGUGGGUAAUUUUUCUUAAUUUUUUUUUUAUAAGAAAAUCUUUAUACUUACAGUAUUAUUCGAUACCUAGACGUCACGAAAAAAACAUGGUAGUAGCCGAGGCAGACGAUAGGAUGCAGCACGUGGAUCACGAGAAAUCACAGAACGCUGAAAUACACGAGUCACAAUCUUCUAUCACAUCAGAUGAAAUAUUCACGUGUAAUCAGUGCAUGAACUCUUUUGAAGACCGUGAUACGUUGUUCAAGCACGUGAAACAAGCGCAUCAGCAGCACGUGUACUCUAGACGGAGAUUUAAAUGUGACCAGUGUGAAAGGACAUUCAAAUCUAUGAGUGGUCUAAGAAAUCAUGCCAGAACACAUUCCGUGUUUUUUGGGGCGAAUGCUGAGGCUCCAAGCCGUCUCAGUUUUGGACCUGUACAUCCGGUAUUACCGAGUACAUCCGAUACAAGUAAACACAGUUCUAAUGAAGACGCGGUUUGUACGAUGGAUUCAACUUUUACAGUUGAGAAAGAAUUCGAUAGUAGUGUAUAUCAUUAUAAUGACGUUGUGUGUGAACAAAGCGAAAAAACUGAAGCUCGUGUAUCCGGAUCACGUGACACAUGUGAUAGUGUUCGUGCCGAUGUGAGACGCCGAAGCGGAAUUCCAUUACCUGUUCGGAGAUCGCUGCUUGCAGAUAAGGAACCGAUGGGACUGUACAAAGAUUCAUCCGAGGCUUUUGAACGAGCCAGUGUACACGCAAAGAAAGCAGAUGAAACAGAUAAGAUACGCGAGUCUGCAACUACAUCUCGUGAGAUCACACGUGAAUCUAGAAGACUCACACGUGUCAUUCAUACGGAGUAUAUCCAGGAGGCUAAGCAAAACGUACACCGGGCGUCUAUUUUCAAAUCCAGAACCCCAAAAUCUAGACCCAGAACUCCGGCACAGAAAUCAAAGAUUUGCACGGAACGAGCACUCAGGCUAAAGUCACCGUUCGGAACAAAAUACACAACGAAGGUAGAGAGUCCUUUAACAUCAAGAAACAGAAAUAGGUCCAAGUCGCGCACACCUCAGAAGGGCCCUAGAACACCAAAAAGUGGGAAGCACACAGCACUCAAAGGAAAGCGAACACCGGCAAGUUCCAAGACAGACAGUCCAGCUAAUAAAGGCUACAAUUGUAUGAAAUGCGGCAAAUCGUUCGUGGACAAGUCUAAAUUGGAUGUACAUUUUGCCGUGCACGCCAGGGAGACACCGGAGAAAUGUGGAAUACCAAAAUACGCCCUCAAGAAAACCCCGAGUAAACAGAAGGCGAGCCCAUUUGUAACUGAGUCUCUUGAUUGGAAUAGCAAAAGUUUCUCGUGCAAGCAGUGCGGACGGGCUUAUGAGAAGAAAACGAAUUUGGACGCUCACGUGAAAACACACGACGUGAACACACCAUUCAGCUGUGCUUAUUGUGACAAAAAAUUCAGGUUUCUAUCGUCAUUGAAGGCUCACAGUUUCGUGCACCAAGGAGAGUCGCGUGAUCAGAGUAACACGUUGACCUUAGAACACAAAAGAACACCGGCGGAGAAAUCAGAGCGAAGAUAUGACAUUACAUAUAAUUCAUUGAAAUUUAACAUUUUCUCGGUUCUACCAUCUGGCGAAAAUCCUGAAGACGAUAGCCUUAUAAGUGACGAUCUUCCUUUCGUGUGCAAAAUAUGUAGUUAUCAAACAUGUGCACCAGCUGAAUUGUUGAUUCAUAUGAAAACUCAUUCCAAAUCAGGACCAUUCACGUGCACACACUGCUGUAAAUCUUACAAGCUACAGAAAAACCUCAAAAUGCACGAGAAAGUUCAUACUAUUAAUAGAUUGAAGAAACUAUUAAUAGAAAAUACGAUCAACAAAACAGCAAGCCAGUCCAUGUUACAUAUAUGAAUAGAUAUUUCAGUGAACGAACGGAGUUUUAACUAUUAGUUCCCUGCCUAAUUUUGUGGCAUGUCUUUUAGAAGAUCUCGCGAAAACUGUUACAUAUAUUUUGUUGUGUACAAAAAUACAGAUUUUAAAUUUCUUGAAGCAGCUGUAUAUUGACCAUGAUGUCACAAUAUCGUUUGUACGAUUGUGUUAUUUAU